AACAAUCGAAGCCGUUGGAUAAAGCCUAAUUCGGUUCCAAAAAUGUCUCGCACCUCUAUUUAUAACACUUGUGGCGCCACAUUCACCAGAUCCGCUUCUCCCGGUGUCGCUAAUUGCAGUUCCUUCCAAAUCUUCAAGCCGUUGAGGAACUUCGUCUAUUGUCACGGCUUUCCCUCUUUGGAUCAAAUCCGUGAUUUCUUUUCGUCCUUUUUCCUUGUCAUUUUGCCAUCUUUCUGACGAUUAUAUGAAUCGAAUUCUUCUCAGAGAUCAACUGAGGUUGCUUUUCCUGAUUUAGCUAAGUUCGAGUUGUUUCCUCACUGAAAAGGCUAAUUUAUCAUUCUAUCGAACUCUGAAAUGAAUCUUUGGAUCUCUGUCGAGGUAUUAACAUUGAAUCGUUAUCUUUGUUGGCUUUGUUCUGGUUCCUCCGGGGUUUUUAGAUCUGGAAACAUCGUGCAGAUCGGUUUCAAGAUUCAGAAAUUAAAGGACUGAUUUAUUGAUCGAAUUUUAUACACUGUUGCCUGCAGCAAUCUGUUUGAUGCGUUGUAUCUGAACGAAGAUUGUGGCGGUGAAUGCUCUAGUAUUUUCGGGGCAAGAACAAGCUACAAAAGAGUUUGCUGUAUUUUUUGUUAGCGUUUGAUUUAUUUGUUGAUUUAGCUUCUGUUCUAUUUUAUCGAUCUCCUUAUUGUAGAUUGAUGAGCUAGUCAUUGUCCAGAUUUAUGGAUCUCCGGAUUGUAGACUGAUGAGUUAUUGUUAUGAGUUGAAAGAAUCGAGGGUGAGGAAAAAUUGUGUGCUGAGAAGAUAGGAAAGGUGAACAAAUUGUGAGGGAAAAGAAACUGAGUGAUUGUUUUGUGUUAUCCGACCUUUGCCCUGACAGGUGCGCUUGCAUGGCAGGUCAAAAACCCUAAUAAAAUUUUAAUUUUCUUGGUUUUUUAGGGGGAGAUGGCACGGGAGAUAUAUUUUUAUUUAUUAUUUCCCCCCCGGCUCUCCCCCCUGUGUCUUGUCUCUUUUUUUUUUUUCUUAAUUUUCUCCUGCAUCUCCGGUUGCUUAUUUGUGAUUUAUGCCAAUCGUGCCAUACUACGCCCAAUCAAAGCAAAUAAGAUAAUAAAGCAAGCCCAUUUGAUCGACUCAAGCAGAAUUCAAAUCUGGAGAACGAAUGGUCUUCAAUGACUGUGAUUGCAACUAGUAAGGUAUAUUCCUUAAUUUCUAUUUCAACCCAAGAAGGUUCAAUUCUUCACUUUUAUGUUCUGUGGUACUAACAUUGUGCCUAAUUCCCUGUGCCUGGUUCUGAUAUGAUAUAUCAUUUAUUCAAUGCCAUUUUAUACUCCAUGAAAGAAUUGAGUUUAAUCUAAUUUAUAUUGAGCACAUAUUAAACUCACUCUCAGUGUAAAAGUUUGUCAUACAUUUCACAUGCUGUCAUUUAUAUGAUUGGCAAUAAAAGCUCAAUAACAUCCCCUAGAAUUAUGGGAUUGAAGUUUAUGUUGAUGCUACCGAGCCUGUGGUUACUGCCCUUUGAUUUGAUAUGAGCUUGCUGUCUAGAGUUUGCUUGUAAUUUGCUUAAAGAGAAGUGGUGAUUGGUCUCUUGUAAAAUGUAUGGAGGGUUGAGUUAUAUUUUGUUGUAGCAUUGCUUGGCAUGAUUAUGCAUAAAUUCACCAAAUGAGAUGCCUUUUCAUUGAUCGAAAGUUACGUUAUCCUUUCUAUUUGAGGCUGAUGUCAAGAUGUUACUGAUAGCAACUUGGCUUCAUGGUCGAGCGCCUUAUAGUUAUAGAUGUUUUUGGAGUCUCCUGCUUUCUAAUCCUUUCUGGAAGGUAAGCUGAUUUUUGGAUCUUUACUGCAUGUACAUCAGUUAUAGUGUUUUCUAUUUGAUGGCUUGCCUAUUACCUUGUUGGAUAUGCCUUGUAGGUCUAUGUUUUAACUCUUUUGGAAUUUACUCCCUUGGAGACCUUUAGUCAGUCACAUUGAGCACCACAUGCGGUAACGGUUACGCCUUCAAUCAUUUUGGCAGGUGUUUGCUUUGCAGUUUUUUUUUUAGCAAAUUUAGCUGUAUUCUGUUACAGAUAAUUGCUAGAGCUGUCACAAAGUAGGCGAAGAAAUCUUUAUCCGAAUACUUUCAUUAUGGCGAUUGCGUUUUCAUUAUUGAGUUUGCAUGCAUAUAGAAGCGUUGAACCUUUAAAUCUGAAUGAAUAUUUGAAAAAGUUUCUGUGAAUAGUUUUUAUUUUGCUUUAAAACCUUGCGAACUUGAUUGGUGAUAUAAAAGUCUGUUUAUGAUUGCGUUUCGGUUAAAAUGCUACAUUUUGCCUAAUCUUGCCAGGGAUUUUAGCAUGAAAUUGCAGAAGAAAAUUUGUUUCAGGAUUCCUGCAGAACGAAACUCUUUCUGGCCUUGUGUCACUCCCAUGAUAUAAUCAGAGUUCAUUCCAAUAACUAUCCAUACCUUCUCACCAUUAUUUGAUGCUUUGAUUAUGUUUCUUUUAAAUGAGUUACUGAGAACUAUGAUAAGUUUUUGAUGAUCUCCAAAUCUUCUGCAUGCUUUGAUUAAGUUUCUUUUAAUUGAGAGGUAUAGCCAUUUUUUUGUUAGUUUUUUAGCUUCUGUACGUGUAAUGUUCUUAAAUUUGUUAGAUGGUAAUUCUUUAUUUUGUGUUCCGGCCAUUUUUUUGCUUCUAAUUUUUAUCCUAUAAUUCCCUACUUCAUUUGUUCUUUCUUCCAGGGAUUUUCAUUAUACUAGCUUUUAAGUUUUCAAUAGUCAUUAUGCAAAGGCAUUUUUCUUGAACGCAUUGGUAUUUUCGUUGGUUAUGAAGUGGCGAUAAGAGUGAAAAUGGAGUAAUAAGGAAAGAUUUAAUUCAUAUGUCAUUGUGGAACCUGGACAGGGAGGCUCGUACUGUUUGUCCAGGGUUCUGCUAAUUAUUAGUUGGAUUCCUAAUAUAAUUUGGGAAAGUUGACACCUGGCAAUAUAUAACUCGUUUACAGAGUUUAAAAAGUCAAAAAGAUGUUUAUCUUGUCUUUAGAAAAGAGGGGAUGAAGGGGUGCAAAGCUCUGGUGGUUGUUGGUGAAGGCAAUUUUCUUGGGCUUACAACUCUUAUUGAACAAAAUGGGGAGUGGAGUGGUUGAGAAAGAAGGGUAAUAAAAUUGAUGGAACUAGAACCGUCCCUGAUGUGGAUCCAUAAGCUCAAAAUUGGUAGAGCGCUCAAACGCUCAGGUUUGGGAGGGUGGUGGUUCGAGUCCACCUGGAUCCUUGGUAGUUCUAAAUCUUAAAGAGUACUGAAGGAUUUCGAACUCUGUUGCGCUGCUGCUGAACCUAUUAUUUAUCAAUGAUCAGGAAACGUGAUGCCCGGUGGUAAUGUAUUCGAGCAGGUUGGGUACAAAUUUCUAACCUUUCAAAUUUGUUUCGAUUUAUUAUUUUGUUUUAAAAUUUUAGGGGGAAUAAACAGUAGAGAGAAAAAGUUGGAACCAGGCGAGAUGGGGUGGAGGGAGAGUAUGGCGGCGGAGGGGGACGACAAAACCGGUGGCGGCGCUGGAAAAAGUAGGGGAGGCAGACGUUUGGGAAGAAUAGGGAGAGGAAGUGAGGGAUGAAGAGAGGAGAGGAAGAGAUGGAGUCAAAAGCUCUCAUCGGAUGUGGCCGUAGGCUGCCAGAUCGGCCACGGUACUGGCCUGCCAUUUCAAUGACCGCAAAUGGUAAAUAUGACAUGAUAUAAAUGAUAUAUCUGUUAAUGAUCGCUUUUAUCCAUAAUUAACAUUAUAGAUAUUUUUAGGAAAAAUUAUUAUUUUAACAUCUUUUACUAGAAUGAACAUUGUAAUAUUGAUUAUUUAAAAAAAAAUCUGUCUACGUCUAUUAUUUACUGAAUGGCAACAUGUGGAAGAUGUAUAACAGUGAAAUGUGAGGGUAGUGGAAGUGAGUUUUGGAAGUAGAAGCAGCUUUAUCCAUCAGUCCGGUAUAUAGAGUUCUGAUUACAGAGACGAACAAAAAGUGUCAAGGUGGGAAAUAUAGGCUCGCUCCCCAUACUUCUCUUCUCUUCUCUUGUAUCUAUUUCUCGAUGCUCUCGUUAUUUUCGCUUUUAUGUAGUGCUUGACGCACCAUUCUUCGCAACAUGCUUGGGAUUUCCAGUAGCCAAAGAAUGGAAUUAAGGUCCAGAACUAGACUGUUCCUUGCACGGCCAUAUCUCCAGGGAAAUAUGUGCUCUUACUGGCACGCCAUGUGCUUUCUUCCAAUGGAAUCUGAUAUCAUUAACCGCAGCAUCAAAUAAUUUUUCUUUCUAAUUUUUGGGAUUUUGCUUUUGUAAUAUUUUCAUUUUUCUUCGUGGUAGGUGUUUCUUGGCUUUUCCGCCUUGUUUUUAAAUACCUCUUUCGACGUGCCAACCUUUUUCUAAACCCCUGACGUGGAAUGCCACCGGGGUCAUCAAGCACUUUCCGGGCCCGCUUGCGCCAUCGUUUGACCGACACAGGCAAGUUUGUUUAUUUAUUUAAGAUAAAAUGUCGACCUCUUCUUUUUGUGGUAAUGAAAAAUUUGAUCUCUAGACUUGGAAACAAUUACAAAAUGUGCAUUUAAAUCUUAACCUGAGGUUAAAUUAAUCUAAAAUACUGAACACUUGUAAAUUUGAAAAUCUGGUAGAAAUUAAUAAUUGCAAAACGGCAAUAGAUAAUUUUGGUGACGAGGAGGUAGUUCUAGAAUGGCAUGGACAACCAAUCGGAAAAGUCAGGCGUGCACUAUCAGUUUACAUGGAAAAUUUGCAGCAUGCCACAUGUUUCUGGGGACUUUGCCUAGGAGCAGUUUCAACGCUUACUUUCUUCUGGAUUCCGUCAUUAAAUCCUAAAACACCAUUUUCUAUUCUCAGCUCCUUUUCACUCUUGGUUUUUCUUUUUCUUUUCUCCAUUUUGUCCACUAUGUCGUUGACUUUGAUUCUCUCUGAUUGUUGAGUUCAUUUUGUUGAUCACUUUUUGUUCUUUUUUUUUAUAUAUAGUAAAAGUAUGGUAAAACGCUACAGAAUUUUACUACAUAACAACUUACUUAGAAAUAUUGUGAACCCAAAGUUAAUUUUAUAUUAUAUAACUAAAAUGAUUUUGUUCGGUGUUAUUCCCUAAAAAUUACUACUUCUCACAUAAAACACAUGGCCUAACCUUAACAAGGCAAGUAGGGAUUUAGUGUCCCCAUCUGUCCCCUGUUUAUUCCAUUGAAGAUAGCAAAUCCUUCAAGAUUUUACUAUUGAAUGCACGUGCAAAGAAAAAGGAAAGAAGCAAAGAAGUACACAAAAGGAUUUAACUUACUCCACCCUUUUUUUUUAUUCUGUGGCCUUUUUCCCUGUCCUGCCUCUGUGAAAAGCUACAGUGUCUUGAAUCUGAAAUGAAAGAUUUCUGUGCCAUCGAGUAUCAAAAUUAGGUCUGCAUUUCCUCACAAACGUCAACAGCAUAUGGCUUAAGCUUUUGCCCCAGAAAACUAAGCCGUAAAGACUCAGGCAAACCACAAAAAACCGUACGACUCCCCAAAAACUUUCGCAAAAUAUCUGGAGCUAACCACCAAAGGCACCUACUCACUAUUAUCCAAAAGAGGGAGGGAGGUAAGCAGAGAAGACUAUUUGAUCUGUUUCUUCACAGGCAGGACUGAAGGAGGUAUGUUUUUGUUAAGAAGUUAAAGCCCGGAAAACAUCUCUGCAACUUAGUUUUUUCUUUUCUUUUCUUUUCCCACUUCUUUGACUACCCUUUUUUUAUUAUUUUUCUUUAUACCGACGCUUUUUUCAUUUUAUUUACCUUUUCAUAUUGAUAUGUGGAAAUUUGAGUGGCUAGUGUGUUUCUCUCUAUUGUUUUUUCUCUUUCUCAUUUGAUUCGUCUUCUAACACAGAAACAGCUGCAGCUGGCAUUUUACUGAAUAUUUGACAAUUUAGUUGUAGUGAUUUUUAAACAUGCAGAGCUUUUGGUUAUCCUAGUUCAAUUCUAUAUAUUUUUUUAACAAAAAAUUAUAUAAAAGCAGGAGAAAUUUAAAGAAAAUGAAACCAUUACUACUAUGUUAAUGGAACAAGCACUAGGAUUUGGUCAAACUAGUGGUACUACGUAGUGAGGGACAGGACCGACCAAGUGUUUCCUUUUACUUAAUAGGCCGGUGUGAAAGGCAUUAUCUUUUUUCCUCCAUCAUUAAUGUGUAGUAGAAUAAAGCAUCUUAUACUUUUCUUCCAAUUAAUUUAAGUAUUAUAUGACUGUUAGCAUUUCAUGAGUAACAACCAAAUCAUAAAGCUCUGUUCUAAAUAACCCUUUGUAUGAGAUCAGCUGUUUCUUUAUAUAUUUUCUUCUCUUCCAUAGUUGGAAACUUUAGCAGUUGUUGAAUCAUGGCCCUUCCGUUGAUUUAACUUGUAAAAUGUGUGACCAACUUUAACGGUUACUACUUUUUAUGUCAAUGUAACUGUUGAGGAAUUGACUCCAUAGCCCAUAAGUAUAGCCUACUUGACGGAUUUGACGGGGUAGUGGUGGAAAAUUGGCAAUGACUUGGAGAAUAUGAUUACUAAUAUGAUGGAAUGAUAUGAAACCAGGUGGCCCUUCUCAUGUCUGAUUCAGGCUUAUGUCCCAGAGGACUCAAUCUCUGUUCCUAAGCUGCACCCCGUAAUUCACGGCUGAUUCUUAUGAUCCAGCUCUGCUAGCGGCUUAACCUGAAGAUUGUUGCCUUUGAUUGCACUAAGUUGCUAGGAUUAAUCACGAUGUUUAGUAGAUGGAGCAAUUCUAAUCACGACCAAGAGAAUGAUUCAUUGCAGAAUGAAUCCCAGCAGGUCAAGGGGCUUAGAGCUUCACUGCCACCACUAUCUGGGCGCAGUUUGAACUAUUGCACUGAUGCCUGCUUGAGGAGAUACAUGGAAGCACGAAACUGGAAUGUUGACAAAUCAAAGAAAAUGCUGGAAGAGACACUCAAAUGGAGAUCAAUUUAUAAGCCUGAGGAAAUACGUUGGCAUGAAGUUGCAGUAGAAGGUGAGACCGGAAAAGUAUACAGAGCAAAUUUUCAUGACCGACAUGGUAGGACUGUUCUUAUAUUGCGACCAGGGAAACAGAACACCACAUCAUUGGACAAUCAGUUCCGCCAUUUGGUGUAUCUGAUAGAGAAUGCUAUCCUAAACCUUCCAGAGGGUCAAGAACAGAUGGCAUGGUUGAUAGACUUCACUGGAUGGACAUUGAGCACUAGCGUGCCCAUCAAGUCUGCUCGUGACACUAUUAAUGUAUUACAAGACCACUACCCUGAGAGGCUAGCUAUAGCAUUUCUCUACAGUCCUCCAAGAAUUUUUGAAGCAUUCUGGAAGAUUGUUAAGUAUUUUCUGGAUGCUAAAACCUUCCAAAAGGUGAAGUUUGUGUACCCCAAGAACAAAGACAGCGUGGAGCUCAUGAGAUCAUAUUUCGAUGAGGAAAAUCUGCCAAGUGAGUUUGGAGGACAGGCUGUAUUGCAGUACAACCAUGAAGAAUUCUCCAAGCAAAUGAUCCAGGAUGAUAUCAAAUCCGCCAAUUUAUGGGGAUUUGAUGAUAAACUCCAAAGCGUUGGCAAUGGGCACUCUGGCCCCGAGGUGGCUUCGGAGGCAGUCUGCCUUGCACCACCAGUCAGUUGAGAGCUACUUGUCAUUGGCUUAUUAUGUAAUAAAUAGUUAAUAUAUUUUCUAUGCAACUGUAUGCUAGCUGGAUGAAGCAAGCAGUGACCAUGCCUUUUGACUAACUGGAGCUGCAAGUGAUCGUCAGGUAAGGAUAAACAUUCAGCUUGUUGCUCACUCAAAGGGGAUUAUUUUCUGCCUUUCCCCUGAUGAUGUACCUUGCCACCGGCUUGCCAUUCUAUAUCUAGUAAAGAAAAAAUAAAGCGUGUCAUGCCGGGAAGAAAGUUACCAAAACAAAACUCUGAAUUUGCUUUAUCAAACGUUAGAUUUAUGUUCCAAUUCA